CACAAAUUUAUUUUGACGUAGGUAUUCAAAUUUUGCAAUUUACUAAUUGGAGCGAAAACACAAUUCAUUACAAAAUUAAAAUUAAUUCUACUUCAUAAUUAAAAAUAUAUUUCCGUAAUGCCGUCAAUGAAAGUGGAAGGCGAUAGUGAUGGAGACGGAGAAAUGUCUGGGGGUGAUACCGAAAGAUCUGGGGGCUCUUCCCGUGGCCCAGACCGGGACUCUAGCGCUGAGGAAGCUGACGAGCCUGACUCCGACGAUUCUUCGGAAAUGGACGAAGGCGAGUGUGAGAGACGCAGAAACGAAUGUCUCGAUAACUUAGCAAAACUUGAGCGACAGUUCACUGUGCUUCGAGAACAAUUGUACGUAGAGAGAGUGAAGCAAGUUGAAUAUCAACUGGCCGAAGUGAGGGGUGGUCGCUCCCAGGAAUAUCUCGGUCCACUUCGAAGACUGCAGGAGAAUAUGAGAAUCAGAAUCGAAGUAGCCGGCAUACUCAAGCAAAUGAGGAUCGAGAACAUAAAACACAAGUUUGAGGCUGAGGAACAAGCGGCACACCAACAUUUCAAGAGUGAAAAGUGGCUGGCGUACGAGAAUCUAAAAGAAGAUAUACUGGAGAAGAUUAGGAAGUUGGAAGAAGAACGGCAUACCGUAGACCUCUGGUCUAGCGCCCCAGAGUGGGGAAAGAGAAGACGCAAAAGACAAGUCACCGUAUCUCCCCCCUACGUCGUGUACAUGCUACCCGACGCCGACAUAAUGGAAGAUUGGAGAUUGGUCAGGAAACUUCUAGAAAGGGCUGAGUAAUGUUAUCGAAAUUCUUCGUCAUCUAAAUUUUAAAUUUCAUUGAUCGGCAAACCUGUCUUGAUGUCAAAUCAUGUGUAUAUAGAAAUUUCCAAAAUUUAUUUUCAGUUUUCGUCCAAAACCACACGUACUUCAUUAAAAGACAUAUUUUCUACGAUUCAUUCGUUUUUGUUCUGUUGAUUUUGUCAAUCCAACGUUACCGUAAUAAAAAGGUGUUUGAAUA